UCCAAGGGUGCUGCUAUGUUCGACCACAGCGUGCGCCAGCGGAGCACGGCUGACUGGAUGAAGCUCCGCAGGGGUGGCUGGGUCACGGGGCGCUGCUUUGUUAGGAGACGGGGCGCAGGGCGUGUGGCCUCGCCGAGCCGGACCUCCACCCCACCGCUAGACUCUGCCGCCGGGAACCGCCUCACCCUGCGCCCCACUCGGGGCGGGUCCCGCCUCCAGGGGCGUGUCCCGUCUCCAGGGGCGUGUCCCGUCUCCAGGGGCGUGUCCCGGCCCGAGCGGGCGUGUCUCCCCGGCAGGGUUCGUCUCCCACCGCUCCGAUUGGCCCGGCCGCGCGGGGCAUUCUGGGACCCCCGCGCUCCAGUUGCCGCGUCUCGCCAUGUCGGGCUCCCCGGUGAAGCGGCAGAGGAUGGAGUCCGCGCUGGACCAGCUCAAGCAGUUCACCACAGUGGUGGCCGACACGGGCGACUUCCACGGUCACAAGAGGACCAGAUAAAAAACGCUAUUGAUAAACUUUUUGUGUUGUUUGGAGCAGAAAUACUGAAGAAGAUUCCAGGUCGUGUAUCCACAGAAGUAGAUGCAAGGCUCUCCUUUGAUAAGGACGCCAUGGUGGUCCGAGCCAGGCGCCUCAUCGAGCUGUACAAGGAGGCUGGAGUUGGCAAGGACAGAAUUCUCAUUAAGUUGUCAUCCACCUGGGAGGGAAUCCAGGCUGGAAGGGAACUAGAGGAGCAGCAUGGCAUCCACUGCAACAUGACGCUGCUCUUCUCCUUCGCCCAGGCCGUGGCCUGUGCUGAGGCGGGCGUGACACUCAUCUCCCCCUUUGUGGGACGCAUCCUCGACUGGCAUGUGGCGAACACAGACAAGAAAUCCUAUGAGCCCCUGGAGGAUCCUGGGGUCAAGAGUGUCACCAAAAUCUACAACUACUACAAGAAGUUUGGUUACAAGACCAUUGUCAUGGGUGCCUCCUUCCGAAACACGGGCGAGAUCAAGGCUUUGGCCGGCUGUGACUUCCUCACCAUUUCUCCCAAGCUCCUGGGCGAGUUGCUCAAGGAUAGCACCAAGCUGGUGCCCAUGCUCUCAGCCAAGGCGGCCCUGGCCAGUGACUUGGAAAAGAUACACCUGGAUGAGAAGUCUUUCCGCUGGCUGCACAAUGAGGACCAGAUGGCCGUGGAGAAGCUGUCUGAGGGGAUCCGGAAGUUUGCUGCCGACGCUGUGAAGCUGGAGCGGAUGCUGACAGAAAAAAUGUUCAGUGCAGAGAACGGGAAGUAGCAUGCAUCGCAGCGAGUGGACCCCAGGCCUUUGCUGCCCGUGACUGGAGUCCCAGCUGUGCAAGGCUUUGUGGAAUCUUGUGUUUUUUAGCAACUGGGACAGGGAUGGAUCAUAGGUUUCUGAUUUUAUGUAAAACUUCGCCUAAUGCAUUAAAGCAGUUGCUUUUCCUG